AAGUGCACAAAUUUCCUGAAUACAUCAUGUCAUAACUUUCUCAUUCUAAUUUUAACUCCAUAAUCUGAAUUGACAAGAUAAUAAGCACAUUAAUACGACAUUUCUAAUACCAAACUGUAUAUCCCUCCCGACAUUUUCGGAAAAUGUAUUAAAUCGGUAGAAACACGUGUAUUCGAUUACAACAGAUAGUUCACCAAUCCUACCGAUGAAAGAGAGUGUGACUUGUCAAUAACAUUAAAUUAGAACCUUCCCAUCUUAAAACAUAAAAGUAUUUACAUUUUUCUAAGUAAAUCAAACCACAACUUUCUGAAAAAUAGCUAGCCAAUGGAAUUUUGGUUCCUAGUGUGCACAAUGAAUCAAACAAUUCAAUUGACAUGGUAUUGGUGGUGGGGGGUUGAAUUUGAAAGUCUGACAAAUAAGAACUUUUGCAAGUUGAUUGAGCAAGUAGUGUGGUGCAUGGAUGGACCAGAGCAGCAGAAGAAAUUGGUUGGCUGCUGGCUAGUGGGUUAAGCCAGGUGCAUGAAUGAAUCAAUGAAUGUGCAUUAUAUUUGGUUGGCUCUGGGUUGGGUGGACCUGGCUAAUUUUGGUUCGAUUGAGUUGUUUCCAUAAGUUAAUAUUUGAUUAUGGUAAUGGCAAUUGGGGCAAUUGGGAAGAGGGCCUUAGGGAUUUGGGGGGGCAGAAUUAGUACUAAUUAAUCCAUAAUUUUUGGAUGAACUUGUGCCAGCUGCUCUUCGUGUUCUGUUUUUAUAAUUUGCUAAUCCAAGUAAUUAAACCAAUUUACCUACCCCUUUUGGGGUCUGGAUUUGGUUUAGACUCUGUGCCACUCUGUUUUUUAAAACAACAGAUUUGUGGCAAUUUGAUUGGUUUGUAUUAAUUAUUGUAUUUAUUUGAUUAAGUGUCCACUGAUUGCGAUCAUGAUGUAAUUAGGGUUGAUGUUUUCAUGAGGAGCAGGAAUGUUUAUAAUGGAGUUUGGGUAGGAAUAGAAGUUUAUAUAUUUUUUUUCUAGAUGACUUAAUUGUCUCACCUAUCUAUGACAAGUUGUUAGUUAUAAAAUUUUAUUAUCGAUGGUGAUGAAUAAUCGAAGAUUUCAAUUAGAGGAGACUAAUUUUGAAUUCGACAUCUUGCUUUGUUUUUUUUUUUUUUUGGUGCCGGAUUAUGCAUUUUCUAUUAGAUCGAACUAUGCAUUUGAGUACUUGUAAAUCACAUAAUUAAUCUCAAUUACAUCAAAACAUACAAUCGCACAUACAUAGGAUGGCAAGUGUUUGAAAAUUCCCUCAAAUUAAAUGGGCGCUAGUGGGUAUGUCAUAAUUGCUAAUAAGUGCAUGAAACAACUUCUAGAUGGUCCUUCAUGUUAUUGUUGUCUUUACGGGGUCGUUUGGAUGCAGUAUUUUGAUGAGGUAAUUUGGUCGAAAUAACUCAGAAUGAGGUAUUUCAACCAAAAUAACUCGUUUGGCAAAAACAAAGUAGAAUGUGGUAUUUUGUCCAUGAGUCAAUUGAAAUAACUCAUUGUGAGUUAUUUGAAAUACCUACCCACCCCCUAGUUAUUUCAAAUACCUCAUCUCCCAACUUAUUUUUCCACUUCAUCCAUUCUUUAAGUGGUGAAAUACCACAAUAUUUGAAUGUUUUAUCCAAACAAGACAAUUACACUAAUUACCACAUUUCAAAAUGAAAUACCACAUGAAAUACCACAUAGCAAAAUAAUGCAUCAUUUGGAUUCGAAAUACCAUAGAACCAAAAUGAUGCAUCCAAACGACCCGUUAGUGUUAGUCAAUGAAGUAAUUAACAUGAUCCUUAGAGUUAUCUACACUAAUUAAACACAAAUUAAGUUACAUCUGUAAAGAGGAAUUUCCAAUCGUUCAUUGAUUAGCACGAUUAAAUAAUAUAUAGGGCCGAUUAAUCGUACGAGACAGUUGAAUAUCACCCACUCACUCCAUCCACCUGGUAAACGGGAUUGUCAUAAUGAAGUAUUACGUCACACCGAUUGGUCAUAGGAUGGAUAAGAAGAAUUUUAUCAAGCUAAUUCAUCCGUAUGGUAGUGGAUUGUAGUGGAAGUGAAACAUUACCCAUCUAUAUACCAAGAUUGCAAGUGUCACUUACAGACUCGUGCACGACUCAUCUAAUCUUCCAGUUGGUUAACUAAUCUAAUUGAGGACUCCGAACCCAUCUACUAGAGUCACCACCCAUCAUUUUCACGAGUCGUCUCCAAGUAACUCGAUUAAACCCACAAAUCACCCGCUCUACUGACCAAUCCUGCAAUAUCAUGAAUUUCAAGUUGUAAUUAGGAAAAGCUUCCCCAAGCACAUAACUAACUUAUUAUAGUUUAGGUUAAAGGAAUUCUCUGUGAAUGAACCAAUGAAGAAGUCAAACCAAUACCUUCUUCAGGGUUUCCAUUAGUAGUCCUUCUUUCACCAAUCUCCAUUAGGUCAAAUUUUUUGGUUCCUUCCCCACACAACAUUGCAUAAAGGUUCCACCUUUGAUCUUCCUACCAAGAGACAGCGAAAUUUCUCUGCGGUUUUCAUUUCUUUAAUGCUUUGUUGGGAAAUUUUUGGAUCAAUCUUGGUUUGCAAUUUACGACAUUGACUACAUCUUUAGGAAAGGAAAAAUGGGUCCUUGAAAGAUGUAGAGAGAGAGAGAGAGUGGUAGAGAGAGAGAUUCAUUGUUUGCCACUUUGGUUCACUUGUCUUGGACAAAUUGGGGAUGUGAUGUAAAAUAUGUACACUGCAUUGAGCAAUUUUGUUUGUUUUACUUUGUAGGGUCACAUAAUAUUCCUUCUUCAUUCCUAUCACUCCAUUUUUGUUUCUUCUUCAACUUGUUGCCUUGGCCCUUAAGGGCCCAUACCCUCUCAAAAGGGUUGAAAAAAUGGGAUGACAAUUUCGUUUUCAUCAUAAAAAAUGGAUUUGAUGUGGGUUUGGGUUAGGAUCAAUGCAUCUUAAUGUUCAUGUUGAAUUCUAUCUCCAGAUGGGAUUAGGAAAAUUGAUAGAUAGAGUCGUUGGGAUGUAAGAUUUGACUGGUAAAAUUUGAUGUCGUAUCUUUUAAAUUGAAAAAACUGACAUUUUUUUGUUUGUUUCAUUCAGAGAAUCCGACCGUUCUUUUAAUUGAAGAAUCAUUUCGUGAAUUGAAAAAAUUUACAAAUCAAUUCGUAAACUAGUUGACUCGAUAUAUCUGAGAUUUAUUUAAACUGAAUUAACCUGUGUGUUCUUAUUCUUUCUUAGAUAACAUAAAUUAUCCUUAACAAAUACGAUAACCUUUUUUGAUCUGUAAACAUGGUAAUCUUUUGGGGCGAAAAAUUAAAAAGAUUGAGAAUUC